UCCCAAAUCUCCCAAAUCUCCUAAACUCUCCAAAAACCACCUCCCUCCCUGUGGGACCACCUCCGUUCACGCCGAGAGUGUUCCGCGACGCCAAGGGCCCGUCUUGAGCACGGUGGCUGGCGUUGUACCACCGAUGGCUGGUGGUGCGAUGUCGUGAUGUCGCGCCAGCCAAUUAUCACCAGAUCUCUGGUGCAACACCACCAAUGGCAGACCCAGUCACCGACACAGAUGUGGCGUCACGUUUGGCUAGGCUAAAGGCUCUCAAGGAGAAGCGCAACCAGUCAACUAAACUCAACAAACAAGCCCUCUACCAGGACAGCAAAAAGCCGAAAGUGGUGGCCAAGUCCUCCGAUCCAGUGGAUGAGGUGGAAAAGACUGAACGCCAGAAGAACCUCGAGUACACCCUAGAGGACUGUGAGAGGUGGGAAGCCAAGAAACUGGCCCAGCGGGCCAAGCUGGGAGGAGAGUACCAGAACUUCAACCAUUUGGCCCAGCAAACCUACAACAAAGCCAUUAAGGACCUCGAAGUCGAUAAGCACGAUUACCACACCCGCAAGAAGAACACCACUGAGGACAUCAUUCCUAGCAACAAGCCAGAUGCAGUUGUUGUGCAAAAGUUGGCCGACUCCAUCAACGAGACCAACGCAGAACGUAUGAAGAAGAAGAGAAGACACGAAGAGGACGCUUCCAGCUACAUCAACGAGAAGAACAGGCAGUUCAAUAUGAAGUUGAACAGAGACUACAAGAGCUGAUUCACAAGCCUAUUGGAGCAUAGCAGGACUGAGAUCAUCUAUGUCAAGUCAGCACUCCCAGCUUUCGGAGUUCCACUGUGUUUUCAGGAGCGAACGCCAGUUUUGGUGAAAAAUAUGCAACAAAUAAUCUUGGUAUAGUAUUCAAGGAUGUGUAUCGUCUAUUACCAUUCGAUUACUGAGCUGGCCCAAUCCUGUCCACAAUUUGAGAUAUUCGUUCUCCAUAUACUCGAUUCAAAGAUUUACUCCAAUGAGAACUUGUGAGAGUUGCUCUUCUCGGUAUUGCUUGACUCUAUGAGAAUCGGGAAAUAUG